AUGCCUUAUCCAACAUCCCCCUUCGAAGAAACCUUCAAUCAAAACCUCAUAACAGGCCUAAAAGACUCAAUUUCCUCAAUAAACCCCGAAGACACGUUAAAAUGGCUUUGCACUGCCCCAACACUGACCUCCUAUCGGGUAAACACUUCAAAAACUUCACAGGAAAAUGUUUACGCUGCAAUUCAAACAAAACUUUCCAAUAAAUUCGAUUCUUCAAAGCUAAAUGAAGAUAUUAUUUUAAUCAAACACAAUCCAGUUGACAAAGAAUUGGAAAAACAUCCAAAAGAAGUGAUAGUAGAUGUGGAUUGUGCCGCAGCAGUUCUACGUGGUGCCCACAUAUACGCGCCAGGAGUUUUAGGCAUGACACCCUCAAAUAAAGGCGAUAGAGUGAGUAUUUACGCAGACCUAAACAAAAAAUGCCUUAGAGGCCUAAUAAAACCAUUUACAAACCUUAAACUAUUUAUUGCUAACGGCAUAGUCCAACAAAACAGGCAAGAAAUUUUCCAAUCCACACCCAAAGGCCUUGCAAUAGAAAUUAGCGAAACAAUAUCUGGUUGUCCUAUAUUGCCAGAUAAUUUUUUACCCAAUGGUUGGGCCUUGUUACAAAACAUCCCUUCGAUUUUUUGUGUCAAAGCACUCAAUCCACAACCCAAUGAAGUUGUUUUGGACAUGUGCGCAGCUCCGGGCAAUAAAACCACUCAUAUAGCCGCCUUAAUGCAAAAUCAGGGCUUACUUAUUGCAUUGGAUAAAACACCAAAUAAAGUGAAGCAAUUGAUGAAAACUUGCGAGGAUUUUGGGGCCAAGGCUUUAGUGUUUCAAGCCAACUCUUGCCAUAUUGUCAGUAGUAGUGAUUUGCAGGCAAUUGAAAAUGGGCCUCCGUUUGCACCAAAAACUUUCGAUAGGAUUUUAUUGGAUGCUCCUUGUAGUGUCUUAGGCAAACGGCCUCAAUUUACUAAUAAAACCUCAGAAAAAAUCAUAAAAUCCUUUAUUCCCUUGCAAAGAAAACUCUUCACAAAUGCCGUAGCAUUGCUAAAGCCACAAGGAACGUUGGUUUACAGCACUUGUACUAUAACGCUGGCUGAAAAUGAGGGUCUUGUCGCGUGGGCCUUGAGGAGUUUCCAGGAUUUGAGUUUGGUGGGAUCUGGAGGGGAUAAUCCUGGAUGGCCGGGAGCUGGUUUAACUGAGGAACAAAGGAAUAUGGUGCAAAGAUUUGGACCCGGACAGACGUACGAUAGUGUUGGAUUUUUUGUUGCUUGUUUUGUUAAAAAUAAAUGA